AUGAAGCAUACUCGUGAAAGGGUGCCGAAAGGGCUCAGUGAUAAAGCCGCUGAAAGGGGAGAAUCGGAUAUCGAGGUGAUUAGUUAGUGCAGAUAGGAAAAACCGUCUUUUUGGUUCUCAGGAGUUGGAGUCCAAAAUUGGUAAAGAACUUAACAGGUCUUGGGAUGUUGAUCAGGCCGGUCCUAGUGUACGCACUCCCAGGUCAACGAAUAACACCAAUAGACGUGGCAAGCCAUCUGUACAAACACAGCCAGGUCGCCACCCCUCCCCCAGUCACUGGCAAGCCACACAAGCAAAUGUUGGCUACCCCGCUAUACAACAAGUGUACACUACACACACCCCCUCCCUUCCUAUUCCUGUGCCUAUUCCAUAUGCGCGCCACGCCAUCCCUGCCCAUUAUCCGCGCCAAGUUGUUGCAGCCCAGCCCAUGACUGUACACACUCAUGCCGCUGUUCCCUUUGGAGCUCACGCUGUUGCGUUGCAGUCUCAGUUUCGUUCAGCGGCUCCUCGA